CCAGGAUCCGCACGGCCAUAAGGAAAUUUUUCUCGCUUAGUGUGGGUAUAUAAGCCAUGUAGCCUCAAGGUUUGACACAAGAUUCGACACAAACAUGAAGCUGGGCAUCGUAUCAGCUCUCCUGGGCUCGCUCCUGGUGGAAGUCACCUUUACAGCAACAUCGUGGCCAUGGACAACAGCCUAUGAUUCUUGCUGGGGGAACUGUGGAUUUUACCUUAGCAGCUGUUCGUGCACCACGGGCUGUGUGUACAACGGAAACUGUUGUCAGGAUUUCAAUGCUUACUGCCAUCAGACAACAGAAGACAACAGAGGAACACCAACCCCAUCGGGUGUAGUUGGAUCAUGUGGUGGUUACUUUACCCAGUGGAGUGGUGAGUUUGCGAGUCCCCAGUACCCCAGUAAUUACCCGAAUUACGCCCACUGCUCAUGGCGGAUACAGAGUCCAGGGACAAAGAUUAUAUCCUUGACAUUCACUUUUGUGAGCGUGGAGGGAAGUCCACCAUGCAGACACGAUGCCAUUCAAGUCUACGAUGGCCCGUCAACGUCCUACCCUUUACUGGGAAAGCUGUGCGGAAGCCAACUGAAGGAAUUCCGCUCCAGCAGGAACCAGCUGACUGUGGUUUUCUCCAGUGACAGCAGCGUGUCUGGGAGGGGUUUCCGCGCCCACUGGCUGUUUGUAGGCACCAGCACUCCCGUGACACCCACAGUGCUGCCCUCCUGUAGGUGGAACUGUGGCAACUACUUCAGCAGCUGUUCCUGCUCCAGCUCAUGUCUUUACAACGGAAACUGUUGCCAUGACUACUACGAUUACUGUUACAGCACAACAGACAUUCCUGAAAUUACAACAGAUUCUAGAAGCUGUGGGGGUCGUCUGUCCGGCUCCGGGUCCCUGACCAGCCCCUUCUACCCAAACUAUUACCAUGACAGAAGCAACUGUGAAUGGCAACUGUCUGCCCCAGCGGGACAGCGGAUCUUUCUCUCUUUUGUAGACCUUGACCUGGAGCGCUGCUGUAGCUGUGACUACGUGCGUGUGUACGAUGGGCCCUCCACCAACUCCCCUCUGCUGGCAACGAUGUGCUUCAACGACACGCGGCAGAACUUCCACUCCUCCUCCUCAAACAUGACUGUGCUGUUCAGGAGCGACAUUUCUGUGGUCGCCCGGGGUUUCAAGGCCUUGUUCAGCAGCUCCCUGCCCUCCAACCUAGGUCACGUCAACUGUUCUUCUGGCAACAUGACCAUCGUGAUCCAGAGGUCAUACCUGAGCUCACUGGGGUUCAGCUGGCAGGAUCUCUACCUGGACGACCAUCACUGCAUGCCCUCCAGCGUCGGCUACGACGUGUCCUUCAGCUUCCCGCUGAACAUGUGCGGGACCAACAAAGAGAUCAGCAACGGGCACGUCGUCUACACCAACAAUGUGCGGGCGGCGCACUCUCAGUCUGGCGAGAUCACGCGGCAGACGCAGUACUUCCUGCUGCACGUCAGCUGCCACAUGGAGCGGGACACCACGGUGGGGAACCUGUACCAGGCCCAGGAGGUGGCCAACAGCACCAUCACGGGCGUGGGACGCUUCAACGCCACCAUGCGCUUCUACCUGUCCAGCAGCUUCUCCUACCCCGUCCUGGAGUCCCCGUACGUGGUGCAGCUGAACCAGUAUGUGUACGUGCAGGUGCAGCUGACCAGGCAGGACAGCAGCCUGGAUGUCUUCCUGGACAGCUGUGUGGCCUCUCCGAACCACGACUUCCAGACUCGCAACUACGACCUUCUGCGAAACGGCUGCGUGAGGGAUAGAACGGUCUACGUGUACACCAACGGCCUGCGCCCCUACGCGCGCUUCCGGUUCCAGGCCUUCAAGUUCCUGCGCACACACGCUUACGUCUUCCUGAGGUGCAAGGUGGUCGUCUGCGCCAACAACGACUACAACUCCCGCUGUCGCCGCGGUUGCCAGUACCGCAGGAAGAGAGCCAUCGACUCCGUCCUCCACACACGUGCAGUCACGCUGGGACCCAUCACGCUCCAAGGUGCGCAGCAUGUUGUCGAGAGUGACUCAGAAGAGUGAUCUUACCUCGGCCCACUCAACCCCUCACUUAACUCUAAUCCCAGCCAAUCUCAGUCCAAUUCUCAUUGUCACUCAGCAAAUGGAAAUUCUC